CUCUCUCAAAAGAGAUUCCUUACAUGUCCCACAACCUCUUCCUUUUAAAUAUUCCUUCCCCAUUUGCAUAUAAAACCCAUGUAUUGAUUCUCCAUUCCCACUCUUCACCCUCUCUCUCCAUCCCCAUAGUAAAACAUCUGUUUCUAGGGGUUUCUCUAUUUCUCUCCUCUUCUUCUUCAUUCAUGGUUCCAGAAUUGGAGAAACCUAGAGUCACAGAGAUACAGGUUCGGAUGGACUGUAACGGGUGCGUGCAGAAGAUCAAGAAGGCUCUGCAUGGCAUAAAUGGGAUAUAUGAUAUUUACAUCGACGUUCCACAACAAAAGUUGACAAUAAUCGGGUGGGCAGAUCCUGAAAAAAUAAUCAAGGCCAUUAAGAAGACGAGGAAAACUGCCACUAUCUGUUCCCAUUCAGAACCGUCGGACCAGCAACCUCAGCCAACCGACCCACCACCACCAGAUCAGCCACCAGAACAACAACCACCUCCUGACCCGGCAAAUCCACCACCUCCAGCAGAAGCUCCACCAGAAGAAGCAACCCCAUCAGCAGACCCACCAAGAGACCCGCCACCACCACAGGAAUACCCACCACCAAAUGCUGCCAAUGAUGCCUCUGCAAGCCACCCAGGACAACCCUCAAGACCAAAAGAUGUGGAAGAGGUUCAUGUGAUAUAUCACCACCCACCUGAUUAUGGGUAUCGACAUGGCUAUGGUCACAGUUAUGGCCAUAACUAUGCUAAUAGUUAUGGUGGACCCUGGAACAAUUACCAAAAUGGCCCAGGGUUUCGACAAGAACAACCACCACCCCCAACUCCACCCCCACCCGUCCAUGAACCCACAUUUGCACCCGUCUAUGUGACUCCCAGCUACGACACAUAUAGGCCGUCUCCUAAUGUCACUCUUAGCUACAACACAUACAGGCCAUCUCCUUACGUUACCCACACCCACAACACAUAUAGGCCAUCUCCUAGUGUCACCCACAGCUACAAUACAUACAGGCCAUCACCUUAUGUUACAGAAUACGAACAUAUCAGGUCACCACCACGGGAGAUGCAUUAUAGUAGACCAGAGCGCUACAGGGAUGACUUUGACAAUACCAACAACGGUGGAAAUGGAAAUAUCAGUUCGGUAUUCAGCGACGAAAAUCCAAAUGCGUGUAGAAUAGUCUAGAAGAAACGGAGACGCCUACAUGAAAAAAGGAGCACCUAAAGACUUACCCAAAUGCAAUUUUGUAGAAUAAGAAGUAAAAUCAUCAUAGUGUUUGUUGGCAAUGAUAUUUUCAAAUGAGCCUAUGAGAGUGCAGAGUGAAGAAUCAGAUGCCAAGCUUGUAAGUGUGGGAAGAAUAUAUCCUACAUUCCACUACUAUUGAGGCUAAUACAAAUUCCGUGUGUUCAUUUCUUGUGAAA